GUUGUCUUGUCACUAAAAAAACAGGGUUAUAUUAAUUUAAUAAAUAAAACAGAAGGCUUUUUUAUCAAAACAAAAUGCCUUGAAAUUUUGAUGAAGGAAACAAGUAAACAGGAAGCAGUAAAUAUUACGCAAAAUCGUGUUGAGUUUUAUCCUUUUAUUAAUAUCUAUUCAGUGUAUUUAAAAUGAAAGAGGAACGUAUUUUUAUAGAUAACAAACAUAAAAAAACUGAAUAUGAUCCAGAAAAACUGCAAGUUUUAUGUUUUGAUAUGACAUAUUAUAAUAAAAGAACUCAAUUCUUGCUUUGUACCCUAGGAGUUUUUGGUCUCUAUAUAAUAUACGGCUAUCUUCAAGAGCUAAUUUUUUCAUUAGAAGAGUUUAAACCAUAUGGUUGGUUUUUAACACUUAUUCAGUUCCUAUAUUAUAUUAUAUUUGCUGUGAUAGAGCGAAGAAUAGAUGGUACAUAUCAGCAGAAUCGUCACAUUCCCAUGAAAACUUAUGUAUUAUUGGCUGCUUUAACUUUGGGCACCAUGGGAUUGUCUAAUUCAAGCUUAGGAUAUCUUAAUUAUCCAACACAGGUCAUAUUCAAAUGCUGUAAGCUGAUACCAGUUUUAAUUGGUAGUAUAGUGAUACAAGGCAAAAAGCACGGACCAAUUGACUUCUUAGCGGCAACGACAAUGUGUGUUGGUUUAGCAUGGUUUACUUUAGCUGAUUCAAAAAUUUCACCAAAUUUUGAUGUAUUUGGAAUAAUGAUGAUAUCUGGUGCGUUAUUGUGUGACGCAGCAAUUGGCAACGUACAAGAAAAGGCGAUGCGAGACCAUAAAGCGCCUAGUAAUGAAGUAGUUUUAUAUUCAUAUGGAUUGGGGUUCGGUUACCUAUUUUUUAUCAUGCUUAUAUCACGGAAUCUCAUACCAAGUAUUCAAUUUUGCAACAAAUAUCCCAAAGAAACAUAUGGUUACGCCUUUUUAUUCAGCUUAUCUGGUUAUUUAGGAAUGCAGUUUGUACUUUCACUUGUUCGGACAGCUGGUGCACCAUUAGCUGCAACAGUAACUACUGCAAGGAAAGCUGUAACAAUUGUUAUAUCAUUUAUUUUCUUCGCAAAACCAUUUUCAAUUCAAUACCUAUUAUCAGGCACAAUUGUUGUUUUAGGAAUAGCUUUAAAUGUUUAUAGUAAAAAAUCCAAGUUAACAUUUAAUGAUAUCAGACAAAAAUUUCAACGGUUUAAAUUGUCAUCUCAAAGUAAAACAUUUUUGCUAGACGUUUAGUUUAAUGUAUUUCUAAGUGCAUACAUCACGUAUUUUAAAAAUAAAUAAAUUUAAUUAUUUUUUAAGUUUACAAAUAUAUUAGCUUUAUGUGGCAUUACUUAUCAUAGUGAUAUUGUCUAAAUAAAAUAGAAAUUUGAUUUU